AUGGUAAUGAUGCGCUACGUGCUGUGUAUCCUCGCUCUCCUGCUCUCAUGUGCGUGUGUGCAUGUCCUCGCUGAAGAAGUGCCUGCCGCCGAUCUUUCCGACCAAGUCCCUGAUACGGAGAGUGAGACAAAGAUUCUUCUUCAAGGUACUCCUGUUGCUCAGUGCAAUGAAGCUACUACUGAUUGUACUGGUGAAGGCGACAAUCAUUGUUCUGGUGAUCCUUCUGUAGAGAAUGGUUUAUGUAAGAAAGAACCAGAAAACACACACGUAGCUGGAGCUGGAGCUUGUCCUCAAGGUACCACUAACCCUCCGUGUAAUACUACCCGUGAUGAAACUCAAGGUUCUCCUAAUUGUGAGAACUCUUCUGAUGAGAACGGUUGUCCUCGCAAGGAUCUGAAGACUGAAAAGAAUUGCAGUGAAGGUGGUGCUGAUGAGAGCUGUCGAAUUGCACUACAGUCACAGGUUCUCAGUGCGACAGGGGAUGAUCACAUCAAUGGACAAGGUCUUCAAGGUUCUCUUGGUGAAAAAAGGUCUGAUAAUGCGGGUUCCUCCGGUAAUAAUGGUGCAGCUGGUACUGGUCAUCCCUCCACUGGUGGUGAUCCUCCUGAACUUCCUGUUACUGUCGCUAAACCUGCUACACCUGCUGCUGGUGAGAGUGUUGGUGCGUCUGCAAGUGCAGGUCAACCUGCAAACAACAACAAGAGUGAAACAGGUGAAAUGCCAUCUGGAGCGGAAGGUGAAGCAACACAAUCUUCUUCACACAAUUCGGACAAAGAGAAUACGGAUGGUUCUGAAAAUACAAACACUGGGAGUGGUAGUUUAUCUGAAGGGGGUGAAGGUGGUUCUGAUGCUACAGCGACUGAGAAGGAACGUACACCUGCAGAAAGUGAAUCAACCACCACCACUACUACAACAACAACAACCACAACACUUCCUCCUGAGGCUGCAAACAACAAGAAGGGUGAUGCAGACAGCAGCAGCAGUAUCAGCAGUUCUGUGUGGGUGCGUGUACCACUACUGAUUGUGGUUACACUGGCCUAUAUUCUUGUGUGCUGA